AGACGUGGCUCCAGAUCGGAGCAGGGAGGAGGAGCGCCAGGAGGAGGAGUGUGGGCUGCCGACAGAGAGGGGCUGCCAGGCCGGAGAGGAGCGGAGCCGAUCGGAGAGGAUCGGAGAGGGGGCUCGGCCCGGCCCGGCCCGGCGCCCCCGUCCCCCCCGUCCCCCCCCACCAUGGGCAACGCGGGCAGCAUGGAGUCCCCGCAGACGGACUUCCGCGCGGGCAGCCUGCCCCUCAAGGUGCCCAUGCCCGAGCCGGCCGAGCUGGAGGCACGAUUCGCCGGCGUCCUGAAUGCAAUGAACCUACCCCCUGACAAAGCCAGAUUGCUGCGCCAGUAUGACAACGAGAAGAAAUGGGAACUCAUCUGUGACCAGGAACGUUUUCAAGUGAAGAACCCUCCGCAUACCUACAUUCAGAAACUGAAAGGCUAUCUCGAUCCAGCGGUAACCAGGAAGAAAUUCAGAAGACGCGUCCAAGAAUCGACACAAGUGCUGCGAGAACUGGAAAUUUCCUUAAGGACAAAUCACAUUGGGUGGGUCCGGGAGUUUUUGAACGAAGAAAACAAAGGACUCGAUGUUCUGGUGGAAUAUUUGUCAUUCGCACAGUACGCAGUAACUUUUGACUUCGAAAGCUUAGAAAGCAAUGUGGAAAACCCAUUGGAUAAAUCUAAGCCAUGGAGCCGGUCUAUCGAAGAUCUCCACAGAGGAAGUAACUUGCCCUCACCUGUCGGAAACAGCAUCUCCCGCUCUGGCAGACACUCCACACUCCGAUACAACACCUUGCCGAGCCGAAGAACCCUAAAGAAUUCAAGACUAGUGAGUAAAAAGGACGACGUGCAUGUCUGCAUCAUGUGCUUACGUGCCAUCAUGAAUUACCAGUAUGGAUUCAAUAUGGUCAUGUCCCACCCACACGCUGUUAAUGAAAUUGCACUAAGUCUGAAUAACAAGAAUCCUAGAACAAAAGCCCUCGUCUUGGAACUGCUAGCAGCCGUUUGUCUUGUCAGAGGAGGGCACGAAAUCAUUUUAUCGGCAUUCGAUAACUUCAAAGAGGUGUGUGGAGAGAAGCAACGCUUUGAGAAGCUGAUGGAACAUUUCAAGAAUGAAGACAACAAUAUAGAUUUCAUGGUGGCGUGCAUGCAGUUCAUUAACAUUGUGGUCCAUUCGGUGGAAGAUAUGAAUUUCAGAGUCCAUCUCCAGUACGAGUUUACAAAGCUAAGCCUGGAUGAAUACUUGGAUAAGCUGAAACACACGGAGAGUGACAAGCUGCAGGUGCAGAUUCAGGCCUACCUGGACAACGUCUUUGAUGUCGGGGCGCUGCUGGAGGACGCCGAAACCAAGAAUGCGGCCCUGGAGAGGGUUGAGGAACUGGAAGAAAACAUUUCUCACUUAUCGGAAAAACUGCAGGACACGGAGAACGAAGCCAUGUCCAAGAUUGUGGAACUGGAAAAACAGCUCAUGCAGAGAAACAAGGAACUGGACGUGGUUCGGGAAAUCUACAAAGAUGCAAAUACCCAAGUCCACACGUUGAGAAAAAUGGUCAAAGAAAAAGAGGAAGCCAUUCAGAGGCAGUCCACUCUGGAGAAGAAGAUCCACGAACUGGAGAAGCAAGGGACCAUCAAAAUCCAGAAGAAAGGGGACGGAGACAUCUCCAUCCUGCCAGUCGUGGCGUCAGGCGCGUUGCCAGCGGGGGCAGAGGCCUCAGCCAAUUCCUACGCAGGACCAGUUACCGGGGCGACGUCCUCCAUCCCCUUGCCCCCACCUCCCCCCCCACUACCUCCAUCGACACCGACGUCUGAGGCGGUGCAAAAUGGGCCGGUGACCGCUGCCAUCACGCCCCCUCCUCCUCCUCCUCCCCCACCACCCCCGCCGCCUCCGCCGCCUCCGCCUCUCCCGGGCCCGGUGGCCGAAACGGGUCCGACCUCGCUGCCUCCGCCGCCUCCUCCGUCGGCGCCCCCUCUUCCAGGGACGGCGUCCCCCACAGUGGUCUUCAACUCAGGAUUAGCAGAUGGGCCAAUCAAGCUUUUCUCUGUGAAAAUCAAGAAGCCCAUCAAGACGAAGUUCCGGAUGCCUGUCUUUAACUGGGUGGCUCUGAAGCCCAACCAGAUCAACGGCACGGUCUUCAAUGAAAUCGAUGACGAGAGAAUUCUGGAGGACUUAAACGUGGAUGAAUUUGAGGAGAUAUUCAAGACAAAAGCCCAAGGUCCAGCCAUUGAUCUGACCUCAAGUAAACAGAAGAUCACGCAGAAAGGGUCAAACAAAGUGACCUUACUGGAAGCCAACCGGGCCAAAAACCUGGCCAUCACUUUACGGAAGGCCGGGAAGACGGCGGAUGAGAUCUGUAAAGCUAUUCACGUGUUUGACUUGAAGACGCUGCCGGUGGAUUUCGUUGAGUGUCUGAUGAGGUUCUUACCGACGGAGAACGAGGUGAAAGUGCUGCGGCUCUAUGAGCGCGAGAGGAAGCCUCUGGAGAAUCUGUCGGACGAGGACCGGUUCAUGAUGCAGUUCAGUAAGAUCGAGAGGCUCAUGCAGAAGAUGACCAUCAUGGCCUUCAUCGGGAACUUCUCUGAGAGCAUUCAGAUGCUGACUCCUCAACUUCAUGCAAUAAUAGCGGCAUCUGUCUCCAUCAAGUCGUCCCAAAAGCUGAAGAAAAUCCUGGAGAUCAUCUUGGCUCUUGGCAAUUACAUGAACAGCAGUAAAAGGGGAGCUGUCUACGGCUUUAAGCUUCAGAGUUUAGACCUGCUCUUAGACACGAAAUCCACGGACCGAAAGCAAACCCUGCUGCACUACAUAUCUAACGUGGUGAGAGAGAAGUAUCAGCAGGUGGCCCUUUUUUACAACGAGCUUCAUUACGUGGAGAAAGCCGCGGCAGUGUCCCUGGAGAACGUCCUGUUGGAUGUCAAGGAGCUGCAGAGGGGCAUGGAUCUGACCAAGCGGGAGUACACCAUGCACGAUCACAACACCAUGCUGAAGGAAUUCAUUCACAACAGUGAGGGAAAACUCAAGAAACUGCAGGAUGAUGCCAAAAUCGCCCAGGAUGCCUUCGAUGAUGCCGUGAAGUACUUCGGAGAAAACCCCAAGACCACCCCACCAUCCGUGUUCUUCCCGGUCUUCGUCCGAUUUGUGAAAGCGUACAAGCAAGCUGAGGAGGAGAAUGAGCUGAGAAAAAAACAGGAACAGGCCCUCAUGGAGAAACUGUUGGAGCAAGAAGCGCUGAUGGAACAGCAGGACCAAAAGUCUCCGUCCCACAAGACGAAGCGGCAGCAACAGGAGCUGAUCGCGGAGCUGCGGAGGAGACAAGUCAAGGAUAACAGACACGUGUACGAGGGGAAAGACGGCGCCAUUGAAGAUAUCAUCACAGCCUUAAAGAAGAAUAAUAUCACUAAAUUUCCAAAUGUUCACUCGAGGAUCUUCGAAGCCAGCCGUACCGACGAGCCGACGCGGUGAGGAGAAGCGUGCGGCGGCGCUUUGACGACCAGAACUUGCGCCCUGUAAACGGUGCUGAGAUAACCAUGUGAGCAGGAGCCCCCCCCCCGCUCUCCUCAGCCCCCCUACCCGUCGGGACUCAGAGCCUGCCCGUGCCCAGGAAGCAUCUAGCCGCGCACGCUCUCGUCUGCUCCACCGUACUUAACAAGUGCCUAAACCGGGAGACCUGCUCAGCUUAAUCAAAGCAAUAGGACUCGAUCUGACUGGCUACCUUUUUACACCCAACCAUUUACUCAGUGUUUUUAACCACAGCGUGGCAUCGGAUUGUUGGUUGUCUGCGACUGAGGGACCGGCCCGCCCCCUCUCCCUCCCUUCGGCCUCCCACCAGCUCGUAUCCGACCCAUCCCGCAGGCACCGUAGACUCUCCCGCUCGGAACGGGCUUCCUUCCACCCUCCCCGCACGCGCCCUAAGACUCGUGGGAUUGCGCCGUGCAGGAAGGGUGGAGGCUGGAAGGAGCGACUGUGGGACCAACCUCGCCUUUCACCCCUUCUCCGGGUCGAAAGGUGACCCUGGGAUGCCAGGGGGAGUAAGAGCCGCCUCCUACCUUGCCCGUGUCCAGCGAAGGCCAAGCCACAUGGCCGUGUCUCACAAGACCCAUCCCCUAGAUAAGAGGCAGCUUCUAACGUGUAUUUAUUAAUUAGCACUAAGUUCUAUUAACAUCUCAAUAAUCAGUAUUAGGAGGGCGGAGGAUGGGCACGGUCCGGUUCUGGGCACAGUGAGAGUUGGGGGGGGCCCGGUCCAGCUUGAGCCCCGGGGCCAGAGGGUGCAGCUGCCCUGCCGACGGCCUUCACCUUCUUCAGAGCCAAGAGACCCUGUGGCUGUUUUCCUCUGCUGACAAUCGUGCUUGGGCUUUUCUGCCAGCGCAGUGCGUGUGGCCCCAGAAGGGAAACAGCGGCCCGGACCCAGGGACAGCCGGGAAAAAGGCUGGCACGGAAGGGUAACGGCUAACCCCCCGCUCUGGGCUGGGACCCCCAGGUCCCGUCCCUGGCCUCGGCUCCUCUUGGGCACGGCCCCUCGAUCGAUUCCAAAGUCAAAAACUGGUCUGAAGUGAAAUUGUGCUUUUGGAGAAGAGACAGUCUGCUUCUGGCUUACCUUUCUUGGUAGCACCGCAUUGAUAUGAUAAUUGUAAAAUUUAUUGUAUAGUAUUUAACCACUGAAUUCCUUUAUUCUUUACAUUGUGCUUACGUGAGCCCCUGGUGACAGUCCUAUUUUCCUUGGAUAAUGUGUAGUUAUAUAAUGUUUUUAAAUGUACAGAUAUUUUGCUACAGAAUUGGUGCAGUUUUUUAUGGUUUUUACACUUCUCUUUAAUUCCCACUUUAGCCUCUGGGUAAUACUGUAAAUAUUGUUUAAAAAAAUGCAUCAGCCUGUGCUAUACAAUCUGAACGUUAUUUUAACUUAUAGUUUUGUUUUUUUUUAUAUUUAACUACAAGGACCGUUGGGGGAUCCAGGUUUUACCACCUUAGACUUCUGCUUAACUAGCGACAGAAAGUUGACUGCCCUCGGUGCACGGUAUUUUCCAAACUGUGUCCUCCAGGCUCAGGAGAGCCCACCACGGUUUUUGUCCCAGGCGGUUGGUGUGAGAAAGGGGCCGGCCUGGGAAGCCAGUGUCCGGAAAAUAGCGAGACUGGGCGUUUUACGAGCAAGCCUCAUCCCGCAGGCUGCCGUGAUCUUUCUCCUUUUUGUACCGGGCCUGCUUCCUAGCGAUCUUAGAAAUGUUUUAUUAAAGCAGUUCAUGUUACUUUUCUGGUCUGUUCAUGGCAUAUGAGCAAAUAAACUAUUUACACUACUAUCUACUACUAA